CUGCACAUAUACAGGCAGUACAGUGGUCUCCCAGCAACGCAGUGUAAAUACCUAGUUACUGCUCUUGUCCUGGGAGGAUAAACGAGCAUGAAAAGAGUUAACAGAAACAUAAGUCUAAUACCGGUUACCUAAUAUAUAUACUGAGACUGCAUUUGUUGCACCAUCGUAGCAACACGGCACGACAGAAUUACAGAUCAGGCACACAUCUGAUGUUUGCUGGCUAGCCAAUGGGACUAUUUGACAAGUUGGUUGGAUGGCUGAGGUUAAAGAAGGAGGUAAAUGUGCUGUGCCUCGGUCUGGACAACAGUGGAAAAACCACCAUCAUCAACAAGCUCAAGCCAUCCAAUGCCCAGGUACAAGACAUUGUUCCAACAAUUGGCUUCAAUAUAGAGAAGUUCAAGACGUCCAGUCUCUCAUUUACAGUAUUUGAUAUGUCCGGUCAAGGCAGAUACAGGAAUCUUUGGGAGCAUUACUUCAAGGAAGGGCAAGCAAUCAUAUUCGUCAUUGAUAGUGCAGACAAGCUAAGAAUGGUUGUGGCCAAAGAAGAAUUGGAUAAUUUAUUAAAUCAUCCAGAUAUCAAACACAGGAGGAUCCCCAUCCUCUUCUUUGCUAACAAGAUGGACGUUAGAGAUGCGCUGUCUUCUGUCAAGGUCUCACAGCUACUCUGUUUGGAGAACAUCAAAGACAAACCCUGGCAUAUCUGUGCCACUGAUGCUAUCAAAGGAGAAGGUUUACAAGAAGGAGUCGACUGGUUACAAGAUCAAAUUAUGCAAUCAAAUCAAAACAAUGAGAACGUGAGCGUGUGAGGAGCGACCACCAGACCCGACAGCAGGAUUCACAGAUGUUUUGUGAAAGAUUGGUUGACUUUUUAAAAAUAAAGCAUUAAUUAGAAUUUAUCCCGCUUCUGAUCACAUACCGUACUGUAUUUAGUUGAGUCUUUGACCAGAGGCCCGUACCACGAAGCGAGCUAGAGGUAUCUGGAUGACUUCCAGUCUAUCCAGUUUAACCAAUCCACAACAAUGGCAAUCAGGAUCAGUGGUACCAUGAAGCUGGUUAUAAACUUGUUAACUCGCAUAUAUAAAGGUUCAACGUAGCAGACCAAUCACAUUCAUGAGUGCAGAACGGACAGCGCUGUAUUUCUCCUUUUAGGAACAAAACUAUCGUAUAGAAAUAAGAAGUGAGAUAAAAAAAACAAGUCUCAGUGAAAAGUCAAACAUGGUGGCGAUAUCAAAGAGCCGCCAAAUAACGUGGGAAAGGGUUGCUACCUGCUUAAAUGUGCAAAUUACACAUCAGUGACAUCCCAAUCACUGUACUGCAUUUUAAUUGCGGCUCAUCCCUCAGAUGUAACCUCUCAGGAGUGAAGAGGACUUGGGAGCAGAAAAAGAUAAAGUAUAAAACUUUAUGUCAUCUGGUUAGUUGGACUUUUUAAUUCAAUAAUGCUUGGGCUACAAUAAAGCUGGAAGCUGAUGCCACGGUUGCAUCAUGUUAAUACAAGGAGUGAUCAGUCUGAGUGAAGUCAUUCUGAUUUUUGAGCUGUGUGAGAACUCAGAUGAAACAAAUGGCAGAAAAUCUACUCUUCUUUUAAAAAGUGAAAGCCCUCAAACACCAUUCAUCCCUAAAUGUACAGAAAUACCUCAAUAUCUUCUCUACUAAAAUAUAUGCUAUAUAGGAUUCAGAUCAAUCCUGGAAGCUAGCCUGACUGUUCAGGGUAAGUUACCAUGGUAACAUGCCCUGCUAAUAAUGAAUCCGUUUCCAGCGUACUGUAAAGUCAGGGUUUAACAUGAAAUUACUUUGUUAAACUGGUAAACCUGCUUCAUGGUAAAGGCCUCAGUUAAACUGGUAAGA